UCUCUCGGAUGCACAAUUUUAUAGGAUUUCCAAAUUCUGAAAGGAACCUCAAGAGAGUGAAGGAUGAAUUUGAAUACCUGGGGCGUAUAGGCAGAUAUGGUGGCUUCAAGAAUAUGAUAGGGGCACUGGACUGUACUCUUGUUAAAAUAAGUAAGCCAAGAGGUAUUGAGCAUACAGAACAGUAUCGGAACAGAAAUGGGUACUUUUCUAUAAAUGUACAGGUUGUUGGUGAUCCAUGUUUAAAAAUACAGGACAUAGUAGUGCGAUGGGCUGGAAGCACACAUGACAGUCGGAUUUUUAGAAAUUCCCGACUAAAUGUUAGACUGCAGAACAAUGAAUUUGAUGGCAUGUUAGUUGCAGAUGCUGGUUAUUCAUGCACAAGGCACCUACUUACUCCAGUGUCUAAUCCUACAACAGCUGCUGAAGAAAGAUAUAAUAAGGCCCAAAUAAAGACGAGGAAUUCUGUGGAGAGAUUGUUUGGAGUAUUAAAACGGAGAUUCCCAGCCUUGCACAAAGGCUUGGCAACCAAAUUGAGAACCGCAGCUAAUAUUAUUAUUGCAUGUGCUGUUUUACAUAACAUAGCUCUGGAAGCUAUAUAUGACCUUAUAGAAGAUUUAGAGGAAUUAAAUGUAGCCGACCACAAUAUAACUACUGCAGCAACAACAGUUGCAACCAGUGAUGGAAUGGUUCUUCGAGCAAACAUAAUUUGAAGAGAUUUUACUGAAUUUAUAAGCUGUUA